AUGGGGAUCCGUUGAGCACUCUCUGAUCCAUCAAUCGCUCCCGAUCGCAUCAAUACGUUGUCCAUGUACUGCACGAAUUUCGUCCUCAUUUGUCUUUUUCUUUCUUAAUUUGUAAGGGGAGGUUGACAUUGUGAAGCUGCAUUGUUCGAGGAGGAUCUGGUCUGGUUCCGUUUCGCAGCAGAGUUUUUUGUUUCUUGACGGUUUGUCCGAGGACUCAGUGUUUCCAAUCUAUGUUGCAUGGACUGUUGCAUUGUGUCAUCUCGUCGGGGUUGAGUUUGUCGUGAAAUGAAGAGUUUGUGUCUGAGAUCCUGGAGUUGAAGCGUUUUCGAGUUCUUGACUACGGUUCUCCGCUCCAAUUUCCAUGGAUGUCUACUUGUCAUGCAGAGCUGAAGUGUAAGCUCCAAGUCCGACAAGAAGAUUAGGGUUUCUUAAAGGUCAGGAGAAGUGGGAUGGCUCUAGAAGACGACGAUAGAUGUGACGGUGAUUUGAGAGACUCGCCGCCUCCACUCUCUAGGUCGAGUUGCAGAACUCCUGAUAACGACGACCUCCCACCAGAUGGUAGUUUUGUUCGAGAAGAUGGUGAUCGUCACAGGGAGUCCAGGGAAGAUGAUAUCAGUAAAGAUAGAAUUCGUGGAGAUGAUGGUCACAGAGAAAGGCGAAAAAGAGAUGAGCGUGAGAGAGGUGAACGCUCUCAGAGGGUCGAACAAGGCGACAGAGGUGGUCGUGGUGAACGGUGGGGCCGUCGUCACCGUGAAGACGGUGAAAAGAGUGAUCGUGGUGAUCGAGAAAGGCGUCACGGUCAUGACUGGAGAGAUCGAGAGCGAAGGCACAGGCGUCGGUCUCGAUCCAUUUCUCCCGAACGAUCACAUGAUCGACGAUCCAGAUCUCGCUCCAAGGAAAGGAAAAGCAAGCGGAUGAGUGGUUUCGAUAUGGCCCCUCCUGGUGUCACUGUUUUACCUGCUUCAGCACUCUCAGGUUCAAUGCUCAACUCAAUGACAGGGGGAUUGUCAGCAUCAGCCGCGGGUGCUGGAAGUAUAUUAUCCCCUUUAGGUCAGAUCGCAGGCAUGGGGUUCCCAUCUAUAUUUCCAUUCGCUGGAGGAACACAAGCCACAAGACAUGCUCGGAGGGUUUAUGUGGGUGGAUUGCCUCCAAUGGCAAACGAACAGAGCGUCGCGACAUUUUUCAGUCAGGUUAUGGCAGCUGUUGGUGGGAAUACGGCUGGACCAGGUGAUGCUGUUGUGAAUGUGUACAUCAAUCAGGAAAAACGAUUUGCUUUUGUAGAGAUGCGAACUGUUGAAGAAGCUAGUAAUGCCAUGGCUUUAGAUGGCAUCGUUUAUGAGGGUGUUUCUGUUCGAGUCCGAAGACCUAGUGAUUAUAAUCCUUCAAUGGCAGCAACUCUGGGACCUAGUCAACCAAGUAGUCAUCUCAAUUUGACAGCUGUUGGUCUUACGCCUGGUGCAUUAGGUGGUGCAGAUGGCCCAGACCGGAUUUUUGUGGGGGGUUUGCCGUACUAUCUCAGUGAAGAACAGAUUAUGGAUCUUCUCUCUUCGUUUGGCCAUCUACGAGCUUUUGAUCUGGUGAAGGAUCGUGAUACUGGAAACUCAAAGGGCUAUGGAUUUUGCGUUUAUCAGGAUCCUUCGGUGAUGGAUAUUGCCUGCGCAGCUCUCAAUGGGUUAAAAAUGGGAGAUCGAACAUUGACUGUGCGACGUGCUUCUGCGAGCUUCAUGGGUUUCAGUGGGCAGCCCAAGCCUGACCAGUCGAACAUUAUUGUGCAAGCUCAACAGCAGAUUGCGUUACAGAAAAUGGUACUCUCUGCAAGUGGGGCGAAUGCCAUCGGAUUAGGAUUGGGUAUGAGUGUUGGAGGUAUGUUUCCUGUGUUGGGCGGAAGUAUGAUGCCAAACUUGCGCUCUGGUGGGGCCCUCGCAGCUGCUCCUGAGACUGCAACAAAGGUUAUUUGUCUUUCUCAGGUUGUUUCCAUCGUUGAUUUGAAGGAUGACGUUGAGUUCGACGAAAUCGUCGAAGACAUGAAAGAGGAAUGUGGCAAAUACGGAAGCUUGCUAAAUGUUGUUAUACCUCGUCCUAGCUACGAUGAGGAAGAUGUUCCUGGCAUUGGGAUGGUUUUCGUGGAAUAUUCCGACUUGGAAGGCGCUGCAAAAGCAAAGCAAGCAUUGCAUAAUCGAAAAUUUGGGGGCAAGUUAGUCAUUGCAUCUUAUUACUCAGAGGACAAGUUCUUGAAUGGGGACUACGGUGGGUGAAUUUCAGAGCGUUUACAUGUCAUGUAGUCGAAAUUUCAAAGAAUAGCGCAACGUGUAUACUGUCAUUUGACUGUUGAUAAGUUGAUGAGGCGACUCAUAGCUGGAAUAUUAUGGUGCAAGCAUAUUUUCCCAAGUUGAUAAAUAGUGUGAGACCUGUAUGACGAAGAGACUAAAUCUGGGAUAGUGCAGUGCAAUAAUAUAGUGCAACUAGUUACUGAAGUGCAAUUUAUUGGUUCUAGCCAUGAGAUCGUAACCUUGUAGAUCUGUUUUUGAGCAUCUUGCUUGGGAUUCAGUGAUUAAUUUGUCAACUCUUCCCAGGUUUCUCUGAAUUAAUCUUACGUACAAAAAUUAUAAAAAAACAGUUGAGGAUAAA